AUGGUACCAAUUCACGCUCUGAUAAUCCGGCGACUGGCGUCGCUACACUGGCGGCUCUUCCUCCAGGCGGCGGCGUGGACCACUCUCCUCAGCUUGACCGUCGCCGUCGCCUCCUUCGCCCCGGAAUUGGCCUUCGUAUCCUCCGUCUCCUCGUCGUCCUCCGCCCCCUCCGCCUCCGCCGCGCGGUGGCUGUUCUCGCGGACGGCGCCGGCGUGUACAGGGGCGGGAAUGGUGGGGCUGCCGAUCAUGGAAUCGCCGAGAGAGGUGAUCUGCCUGCCGGGGCACAUGGUGAAGAGGUCGAAUUGGGAUUUCUUCGUGCCCACCGUCUUCGCCGCCCUGGUGGUCAGCGGAUCCGCCUGCUUGGUCCGGUCUCUGGGAUUGUGGGGCGACGUGGUUCGUCAGAACUGA